CUUGGAGCUCACUCUCUGUCUUCUCUCGUAGCUGCCGACUCCCAUCUUCGAUAUUCGAGCCAUUGGAUCUCAGCUGCUGUGCGGCGAUGAUGGGCGCGAGCUCCCUCACAGUGUGGAACUCUCCGGAUACAAUGACGCACGUAACAGCCACCCCUGGCGGCCCUCGCAGGUGCGUACAAUAGCACGCAUAGUUAGCAGUUGGAGCAAUCUCAUCUGCACUUGCGAGCCCUUGAUCUGGAGAGUAGUCUACCGCAAGACAAGCUCUCGUGCCGUAGGAUGGUCGCCUUACGUGGCGGCUUAUCCUAGCAUCAUCCCCCGGCACCACAGCAUGGUCUCUCUCGGUCUGGGAAGAUGACUGAAGGGCCCCACAGCCUGCCACGGCUAUUUAACCGCUGUCUGCCUUCUUGUCUUGCCCUCCUCUCGCUGUAUGCUCGACAUCUCGCCUCUCUGCUUCUCCCCUCCGACAAUAUGGGCGCCGAACUAUCCGCCCCCGAACCAGGUACCGAAUUCCAAGUCAUCGGCGCUGGCCUCUCUCGCACGGGAACGGCGUCAUUCAGCGAAGCGCUCCGCAUCCUGCUCGGUGGUCCAGUCUACCACACCGGAACACAAGUAUCAACCGGAAAGGGGCCGGCAUCUGAAAUGCUCUCCUGGAACACGCUUCUCUCACACUGGCCGUCUCGUACCGCCUCAGACAAGGCGAUAAUACACCGAAUUCUCAAAGAACGCUUCGACGGGUUUGCCGCAGCCACCGACGUUCCUGCCGCACAGCUGGUCGAGGAGUUGAUGGAAAUAUAUCCGAAUGCGAAAGUCAUCUGCACCACCCGAGAUGCAGAGUCUUGGGCGAAAAGCGUUAACGGCCUCUCCAGUAUCGCGCUGCAAUGGUUCCUCGGCUUUGUCCUCUUCCCCCUGCCCUCAAUGCGGCAUUUCCCAAAGUUCUGCGAGCUGUUGGAAACGCAGUGGCACUAUCUGUACGGCGAGCGGGCGCCGAUGACCGCACAGACGUAUCACAGGCACGUCGAGUGGCUGAAGGGCGUUGUGCCGGAAGAUAAGCUAGUCUUCUACAGUGUCAAGGACGGAUGGGAGCCGUUGUGUAAGGCUUUGGGCAAGGAAGUCCCGAAAAACAUGCCGUUUCCGAGGAUCAAUGAUGCUGAGGCUGUUGAUAAGCUUGCGAAGGAGCUGAUCACGAAAGGACUCAUGAGGUGGGCGGUUGUCUUUGCAACCGCAGGCAUCGCAGUGGCGGCAUUUUGGAUGUCAAGAGCUUAGGGUUGGUUGCGCGUAUGGACGGUGAGCAGGUGCGUAUAUAGCGAGACGCACGAAAUCCAAC